AUAAAUACAGACACACACGGAUUCCAUAUGCAAUCUCUCACCCGGACUGACCAUGCUCUCGGUCCUUCUCUUCUGCUGGGCUGUACUCACACUCCACACUACAGCCACAUGUUACCAUCUGCAGCAGACAUCCUCCUUACCCUCUGGUGCCGAUACCGUGGACCCUGAAACUCACAGAUGGCUUGAAGCAAAAACGUACUUUAUCAGGAAGAAGGGCAACAGAAGAGCUCAGAAACCUGUUCGGUCAGGUUCGGAAGGCAACUUUAACUCCAGGAAGGACCAGAAUAAAAGCUGUUUCUCAGUCUUAAACAUGAAAAAGUAUGCUUUCUUAUGCUUGGACCCCAAAGGAAAGUUAUAUACCUCGGUGUUCAACAGCAAUGAGGAUUGCCGGUUUCGCCGUGUCAAAAGACAUAAACAUUAUGACAUGCUUCAGUCCUGCAGGGGUGACGUGCUGUUGGUCAAACAUCACCCCGUCAACGUACACGCCCGUAAUUUACCGAAGCUGUCCGACUUUGUCUUCUCAAAGCGACACAAAAAACGAACGUACCACAGAAAGAGACGCAGUUGGCACACCGACCCGUCCGACCCUUUAGGAUCUGAGUAUCCUCAUUUAAGCAACAUGAGAAACUGGAAAAGUGACCCGGGGCAUGGCGGUAACGUAUCGAAGGAGACCAUUACUUCAGUAGAUGAUCCUUUACAGGUCUUGCUGUCACACAGUGCACAAACUCCUACUUUGGAGAAACACAGAGAAAACAGAAAAAUCCGAUUCUGAGUGGAGUAUCGCCAUCUUUCCCUACCUUCAUGGGACUGCAUUUCACCGGUUAUUGAAUCCAUUGUGGGUUGUAACACAGUGUACAGCAUGUCAUCCAUUUUAGCCCACCAUGAUCUCAGAUUCUCAUUCCUGAUUGGCCAGAAGGUGUCGAUUAAUCUUCUCUAACAGCAGCUCUGACAGACGUUCUAACUGUGAAAGAAAUCAUGGGUUUAUUUUAAUGCACUCGUUCGAAUUCAUGAGCAUUUCUAUAACAACUACUUACACAGGGACUUGCCAGACGGACUCUUGAUCUAUUAUUUAAAAGUCUAAUGAUUCUCUAGUUUAUUUAGCAUUUAUGGAAGGAGUCUCCAGUGUCAGUAAUUCUAACAUGAGGCUGUACAUUUAUGUUUUAAAGGCUUUGGGAUGGAAGGUUUUGUAGUUUCUUUCAUGAUAAGAGCAAAAGAGAGGCUUGUUUUAUGGACAUUCAACAAAUUAUAUAUAACUACUACUGGAUAAAAUGUACAAGCGUUAGCGUUAGUCCAUUGCUGUGGUGUAAGGGUUAAAACAAUAAGACAUGUUGUCAUAGGACAAAAAUCAACUUCAGGGUUGUAGCAUGGUGUCAGGCUGCAUCACACCACCCUGUCACUGAUUAUCUUCCAAUAACAGUCUUUUAUUUCUUAUCAGCUGUACACUGCUGCCUCUGUGAUGUGCCGUGACGUGACAAGUCUACUUUUCCUGACUAGGUCAGCAUCUGUCCUUUCACCUAAUUUAAUAAGUUAACAGUUAAACAGCGUCUGAGUUUCGUGUUAUUUCGAGCGCAGUUCGUUUAUGACACUUCAAGAGCAAUGGUCAUGGGUUACAUCACUGAAAGUGAAAAUUGAUUUUUCUGAGAAUGAUAGAUAUUGUUUGUACUCGAUUGCCUAUGGAUUUCUGUUUCUAGCUCUUGUGAGAUAUUUAUAGUUCAUUUUUUAAAUUGUUUUUGUGUAAUGACUAAUAUCGUCAUAUUAUUAGAAAUUAGUCAAAUGGUGCUGGACACUUCUAUGUACUUAUUU